UCACGGGUGGAGAAGGAGGUGGAGGACAUCGUGGAAGGACACAUGGGGAUGUCAUGGAGAAAGAGGUGGAGGACAUUGUGGAAGGACUUGUAGGGAUGUCACAAAUGGACAAAGAGGUGGAGGACGUCGUGGAGGGACACGUAGGGAUGUCACAAAUGGACAAAGAGGUGGAGGACAUCGUGGAGGGACACGUAGGGAUGUCACGGGUGGAGAAGGAGGUGGAGAACUUUGUGGAGGGACACGUAGGGGUGUCACAGGUGGAGAAAGAGGUGGAGGACAUCGUGGAGGGACACGUAGGGAUGUCACGGGUGGAGAAGGAGGUGGAGGACAUCGUGGAGGGACACAUGGGGAUGUCAUGGAGAAAGAGGGUGGCGGACGUCGUGGAGGGACACGUAGGGAUGUCACGGGUGGAGAAAGAGGUGGAGGACGUCGUGGAGGGACGCGUAGGGAUUUCACGGGUGGAGAAAGAGGUGGAGGACAUCGUGGAGGGACACGUAGGGAUGUCACAGGUGGAGAAGGAGGUGGAGGACAUCGUGGAGGGACGCGUAGGGAUGUCACGGGUGGAGAAAGGGGUGGAGGACAUCAUGGAAGGACGUGUGGGGAUGUCAUGGGUGGAGAAAGAGGUGGAGGACAUCGUGGAGGAACGCGUAGGGAUGUCACAAAUGGAGAAAGAGGUGGAGGACAUCGUGGAGGGACACGUAGGGAUGUCAUGGGUGGAGAAGGAGGUGGAGGACAUCGUGGAGGGACACGUAGGGAUGUCACAGGUGGAGAAAGGGGUGGAGGACAUCGUGGAGGGACACGUAGGGAUGUCACGGGUGGAGAAGGAGGUGGAGGACAUCGUGGAGGGACACGUAGGGAUGUCACAGGUGGAGAAAGGGGUGGAGGACAUCGUGGAGGGACACGUAGGGAUGUCACGGGUGGAGAAGGAGGUGGAGGACAUCGUGGAAGGACUUGUAGGGAUGUCACAAAUGGACAAAGAGGUGGAGGACAUCGUGGAGGGACACGUAGGGAUGUCACGGGUGGAGAAAGAGGUGGAGGACAUCAUGGAAGGACACAUGGGGAUGUCAUGGAGAAAGAGGUGGCGGACGUCGUGGAGGGACACAUAGGGAUGUCACGGGUGGAGAAAGAGGUGGAGGACGUCGUGGAGGGACGCGUAGGGA